AUGUGCGACGAGAAGGUGCAGGGUGGCUAUGGAAAGUACCAGGGCACCUGGAUACCGCUCGAGGAGGGGCGACAUCUGGCAGAGCGCAACGGCGUGCUGGACAAGAUGCGCGCCAUAUUCGACUACAUACCCGGCGACAGGAGUCCCCCGCCUGCGCCCAAGCAUGCGACUGCGGCCUCGAAUAGGAUGAAACCGCCCAGACAGAGCGCAGCAGCUGCGGCGAGAAAGGCCGCGACUGCAUACUCGCUGGACACUAUGCAGUCUUUCGUUACCAACCCGACGCAGUCACAGGUUAGCGAGGAACAGUAUGAGCCCUCUCAAAUACGAUCGCAAAUCUACCGCGACGAGACGCCCGACAAUGAGACGGUCGUGUCAGAGUCCAUGCUCGGCGACCAUGACCUGAUGGACUCGCAGUACUCGGUCGGCAGCCGCAAGCGCAAGAGGGGGAUUGACCAAAUGUCGCUACUGGAUCAGCAACAUCAGAUAUGGGCGGAUCAACUGCUUGAUUACUUUAUGCUCCUGGACCACGAAGCUGCCGUCUCCUGGCCAGAACCCCCCGCCAGCAUCAACCUGGACCGGCCCAUUGACGAAAAAGGCCAUGCAGCUAUGCACUGGGCAGCAGCCAUGGGUGACGUGGGCGUAGUCAGAGAGCUGAUCAAUCGAGGGGCGCGCAUAGACUGCCUGUCGAAUAACCUGGAGACUCCCUUGAUGCGCGCCGUCAUGUUCACCAACAACUUCGACAAGGAGACGAUGCCAAGCAUGGUCAAGAUCUUCCAGCAAACCGUGCACAGAACGGACUGGUUUGGUAGCACCGUCUUCCAUCACAUUGCAGCCACGACGAGUAGUUCGAAUAAGUACGUAUGCGCACGGUGGUACCUUGACUGCAUCAUCAACAAGCUCUCCGAGACGUGGAUCCCAGAGGAAGUCACACGGCUACUCAAUGCGCAAGAUCAGAACGGAGACACGGCCAUUAUGAUUGCUGCGAGAAAUGGAGCGAGGAAGUGCGUACGGAGUCUGCUUGGGCGCAACGUUGUGGUUGACAUACCGAACAAGAAAGGAGAGACGGCCGACGACCUGAUCCGGGAGCUCAAUCAACGACGAAGAAUGCAUGGCCGAACACGGCAAGCUUCCUCAUCGCCCUUUGCACCACCUCCCGAGCAUCGUCUGAAUGGUCAUGGUGUACAGUUGGAUGGCGGACCAUUGAUGCCAGUUCCCUUUGCGAGCAUGAAUGCCCGCGAACCAGCGCAAUAUCGAUCGCAGACGGCAUCCCAUCUCAUGACCAAGGUGGCGCCGACUUUGCUUGAGAAGUGUGAGGAGCUGGCCGCAGCGUACGAAUCGGAGUUGCAAGAAAAGGAGAUGGAGGCUUGCGACGCUGAGCGGGUAGUCAAGAGGCGACAAGCAGAAUUGGAGGCAGUGCGCAAGCAAGUGGCAGAGCUCCAAGGGAUGAGCAACGGAUUGCAUAUUGACCUGAACGACGAUGAGGCAGAUCGACAGCAGGAGGAAGAAUUGCGGCUACUGGUUGAAGACGCCGAGUCGCUGCUCGAGAUUGAGCAGAAGGCGGAGCUGAGGCGACUUUGCAGUAGUCUACCGCAGCCCAACAAGACGAACUCGCCCGUGGACAUUAAUGAGAAGAUGCGGUUAGCACUCCUCGUCCAUCGAGCACAGCUGGAGAGGCGAGAGCUGGUGCGCGAGGUCGUGGGCAAUCUGUCGGUGGCUGGCAUGAGCGAGAAGCAGGGAACGUACAAGAAGCUGAUUGCAAAGGCGCUUGGUGAGCGCGAAGAAAAUGUCGAGUCGAUGCUGCCUGAAAUUUUACAGGAGUUGGAAGAGGCAGAAACUCAGGAGCGAGCAGAGGUUCUAGACGGCAGUCCCCUCUGA